CCGGACUUUCACGCCCGACAACCUCCACGUACCGCGAUAGGACGUGUAUUUGCCACAGUUGAGCUUGGUGAGGACCCAACCACAAUCAAAAUGGACGAGACAAUGAGUGACGCCCACGAUUCCCAUGAGAUGGACGACCAGGAGCAGGUCGAGCAGAAGAUUAUCAACGAAGAGUACAAGAUAUGGAAGAAGAACUCUGUAUUUCUCUAUGAUAUGCUGUACGGCCGCGCGCUCGAGUGGCCGACGCUCACCACACAAUGGCUUCCCGACAAGAAGCCAGUCGAAGGCACAAACAUGAGCCAGCACCGCGUCAUCCUCGGCACCCACACCUCGAACCAAGCGCAAAACUACCUCCAGAUCGCCCACUGCGAGAUACCCGAUUUUCGCGAGCCCGACCUGUCAGAGCUCAACGAAGAGCGAGGGGAGAUUGGCGGACACGGAAAUGCCAAGCGGCCCUUUGACUUCAAGAUUGUACAAAAGAUCAACCACCCAGGCGAGGUCAACAAGGCGCGAUACCAGCCCCAAAACCCAGACAUAAUAGCAUCUCUAUGCGUAGACGGCAAAGUACUGGUAUUCGACCGAACCAAGCACCCCCUUCAACCCAAAGACGAUUCUAUCAAGUUCGAAGCCGAGCUGGUCGGCCACAGCAAGGAGGGUUUCGGUCUAAGCUGGAGUCCCCUCAAAGAAGGCCACUUGGUAACCGGAAACGAAGACACCACAGUUAAGACCUGGGACCUCAAAUCCGGCUUCUCAAAGAGCAACAAAACCCUCAGCCCCACCGCCACCUACACCGUCCACAGCGCAACCGUAAACGACGUCCAAUACCACCCCAUCCACAACUUCCUCAUCGGCACCGCCUCGGACGACCUCACCUGGCAAAUCAUCGACACCCGCAUGGAAACCCACAAGAAAGCCCUCUACAGAAAAGAAGCCCACGAAGACGCUGUAAACUGCAUUUCAUUCCACCCAGAAUUCGAAAGCACAUUCGCUACGGGCUCGGCGGACAAAACAGUCGGUAUUUGGGACUUGCGCAAUUUCGAUAAGAAGCUGCAUAGCCUCCAGAGUCACCGCGCCGACGUCAUCGGGCUACAGUGGCACCCGCAGGACGCUGCUAUCCUCGCGAGUUCCAGCUACGAUCGCCGUAUUUGCCUCUGGGAUCUCAGCAAGAUUGGGUCCGAGCAGACGGAGGAAGAGGCGGAAGAUGGACCGCCCGAGUUAUUGUUCAUGCACGGCGGUUUCACAAACAGGAUCUGCGACUUUGAUUGGAAUAAGAAUGAUCCAUGGCUUAUGAUGGGUGCGGCGGAGGAUAACCAGUUGCAGAUUUUCCGGCCCUCGCGGAAGCUUGUAGAGCCGCUUAAGAAGAGUGUGACUCAUGGGGAGGUGUCGGAUUGAGAUGUGUUUGUUUGUGGAACUCUUCUUUAACGGGAGGAUGUAGCAUGGCAUAUCAUCAAGGAAGGGGGGCAAGGCAAGAAUGAAGUGAUGAUGUGCUGUACAAGAGCUCCACCCCCAAUUUCGAAAUCUCGGAGGCAGUAUGUUCUUGCUUCUCACCAACUCAGUCUAUUUAAAACGAAAGAGCGAACAGGAAAUAUGAAGGAAUUAGGCGCAGAACACUCCACGAUAUCCUCAUUUAACAACCCCCCCC